UUACAGACACACCCACGCCUUGUCCUGACAAGCUUUGCUUUCUUGCGGGUUGUGAUGGUUGCUCGAGGCUGUGUUCUUUGGCGACAGAAUCAGUUGCGUCAGGUCAAGGUUGGGGGAGCUAAGAAAUCCAGGCGUCACUCCAAAGUCUGA